AUAUGUCAUCGGUUUCCAAAGUGUGUGCCGCGGGGUAUUUUGACAGGGGCACCAUGCUCGGUAGAAUUUUAUAUGGUCCAAAAAUAUAUUCGAAAAGCGACAAUGGACACAAUUACAAUUAUCCAUGCUAUUACAUGAGAAGAGCGCGCGCCCUUAGAAAACCUUGGUUCAAAAAGGGGCACUGUGAGCUAAAAAAGUUUGGGAACUGCUGUUAUAAGACAAUAAGCACCCAGUCAGGUCGAGUUGGCCCUCCGCUGGAAAAGCAAACGUUUCCAAUAUACAUAUUUAUUGUUCGUCCGCCGCGAAUCUGCACGACGACGAUGUACUACAACAGCGGUUGCAGCAGCGGCAGUAGGACGCACAACAGCGAGAAAGAAUUUACCGAGCACGCUUUGAGUCACAUUUUGAAACAUGCCUCGCCGUACGCGCUCCGACGCAGUGAUGACGACGACCGUCCGCUGCUGGACGAAUUGAACAACAACGGCUACAUUCAAAUCAAACAACUCGUACACAAAAUGUUUCCUGAAUGCGACAUCAGCAAGAUACGCCAAGUCUACGCCCCUCAGAUGUACGGCAUGUAUAUGCUGCGACAUGAAGAAAUGAAAUUGUUCGUUGGCCAAAGACGUAUCCAAGAGAAGUUGCUGUAUCACGUGACCACCGAGUCCAAAGCCAUGGAGUCGUUGAACAGCGGACUCGACUGGAGACGCACCCACCGCUCCAAGUUCGGGCGCGGCGGCGUAUCAUUCUGUGACGACAUCAACUAUGCUAACUAUUAUGCAGACAAUUCCUCCAUCGAAGAAACUCGAGUGAUCAUGAUAUGCUCCGUGCUGGUUGGAGAAACGUACGUGAUCCGGAAGCAGAACGUUGGGAACAAUUUAAUCGUACCGCCCGGCCGUGCGGACACGACGAUGAGCCAUAACGGCCGGUUGUUUGUGAAGUACAACGAUAAUGAAUUUUAUCCGUUGUACUUUGUGUAUUACCAGAAGAGACCUGAACAACUGACAAGGAGCAAAUAUUUCCGUGCCAGCCAACGCCGGGCUGCGGGUCGCUAUGACGGAAGGUCACUCGAAGAAAGGUGCAGCGACCACCUAGACGCCACUGGUUACUACGACGACGACGACACACUCGAACAAAUGUGCAGCGACCACCUAGACGCCACUGGUUACUACGACGACGACGACACACUCGAACAAAUGUGCAGCGACCACCUAGACGCCACUGGUUACUACGACGACGACGACACACUCGAACAAAUGUGCAGCGACCACCUCGACGCCACGGGCUACUACGACGACUGAUUUUUGUAAAAUUUUCAUUUUCGGGCAAACGGACAAAAAGCAUUGUCUGUAAAAUUAUUUUGAUUUACAUAACUACUAUAUUUAAAAUUCAUACACAUUGAUCGUCUUUUCUAUAUUUUCCUACUUGACGCCUUUUUGGCCGAAUGAUUUCUAAUAAUAACUAUGUUGUAUAGAUGUUAUUUUUACUCGUGAUUGACGUUUUAUUUUAUUGUACACGAGUAAAACACAUUUACACAAAACUAUACAAUACAAUGAGAAAUAUUCUUAUUUUAUUUUUAU